GCCACUCUCCAACCAUCAUGGACCGCGACGACCCAAUCACUCAGUUCUUCCCCGGCGAGGAGGAAGUAGACCUUUAUUCCGUGUUCUCUCUUACGAAGACCGCCACUGGCGAGGAGAUACGAAAAUCAUAUCGCCGCCUUGCGCUUGUACACCAUCCUGACAAGCACACCCACUCGAGCGAGAAGGUCAAGGCAGACGCCGCGCUUAAGUUCCAGCAGGUCGGCUUCGCGUAUGCGGUGCUCAGCGACGACAAGCGCCGCAAGCGAUACGACCAGACGGGGCUUACAGACGAGGGCUUUGGCGAUGUGGACGAGGAUGGCUGGGAGGCAUACUUCGAGGACCUCUUCGAUCGUGUCACGCGUGGCAAGCUCGACGAGAUGAAGAAGGAGUAUCAGAACUCUUCCGAAGAGACCACAGAUCUCAAGGCCGCCUACAUCGAGACUGACGGCGACAUCGGCGAGAUCAUGAACCACAUCCCCCACUCCACCAUCGACGACGAGCCACGAUUCAUGCGCAUCAUCACCGAGCUCAUCACGUCCGGCGACAUCCCCAAGCUACCCACCUGGGAGAAGAGCAUCAAGGACGAGAAGGCGCGGCUCGUACGAAAGAAGCAGAGCGACAAGGAGGCGGCAGAGGCGGAGAAGCUGGCCAAGGAGCUCGGCGUCUGGGACGAGUUCUACGGCAGCGGCAAGACAGGUCAGCGACGCGGGAAGGGCAAAGGGAAGGCUGCCGCUGCAGACGAAGAGGAGGAUACAUCCGCUCUGCAGGCGCUGAUUCUGAAGAAGAAGCAAAAGAGCAUGUCCAGCAGCUUCCUCGACGACCUUGCCGCAAAGUAUACGGAGCCGCCGAAGACGAAGGGGAAGGGGAAGAAGAGAGGCAAGGCGGAGGCGGAUGAGGAGGAGGAAGCCAGCCCGCGGAAACGACAAAAGAGCGUCCCGGACCCGCCUGACAUCGACGAUGCGGAGUUUGCAAAGAUACAGGACAGACUGAUGAAGGGAAAGGGAGGUGCGAAGGAGAAGGCGCCGAGGUCGAAGGGAAAGACUCGGAGGUAGUGGUCCUUACACCAUAGCCUUGUUUCUCUUGCUCUUCAUCGUUGUAACUGUACCCACUUAUGCUAUCACUUUGCUAUCUUUGGUGUUGACAAGUUCAUUGAAUAAUAAGGACAUCCUUGAUCUAAGUAUAUGCUCCAUACAAGUCAUGACAUUGCGUUACAGAUACCGAACCGAGUCUAUCCCCAAACUCCUCCGCGCAUGAAUGACAGCCACCAGCUCCUUGAUGCUCUCUUCCAGAAUAACAACAUUGUCCAACAACUGCGACAGCGUUACCGUCGGCGGCUUCUCCUGUGCCUCGUCGACUUGCUCGGGCUCGGCCUGCGCCUCCGUGCGCUCGCCCCACCCGGAGGUGAAGACGUCCUCGUCCUCGGGUACCCA